ACCCAGACAGUCGGUGGGGUCCCAAUUAGGUAGUUUCAUGGAGUAUUUGGGUUGCUGCUGAUUUCCCACCAUAAUUUUAUCUGGUUUCAAUUGCGCCCCUUGGCUUCAAUCAAUCAACUCUACACUUAUCAUCGCCAUUCCCUCUCUAUCUCCACCAAUUACUGUUUCAUUAAUUCGCAUCACCCAUGGCCUCCGCCCCCACCAUUUUCUUGCAAGAACCCAGCUUUAAAUGGAAAUACUCUCCCCAAUUGCCCACCCAAAACCACCUGCCCCACAAUCACCUCAAGUUCCGCAAAAAUUUGAAAAAACUCAGCAUCAAUUGCUUCUUCACCGCCGAUCGACGCGUUGGCAAGAUUGCCUUGGGGAAAUUGGAAAUCAAGCAAAACCCAGCUGAAAUCGUGGCCGAAACAAUCGCGAAUAUGCUCAAGGCGCUGCGGAAACCCGCGGCGGCUGCUGUGGUCGUGGGGCUGCUGCUGAUGUACGAUCCCAAUUCGGCGCUGGCGGCCUCCGGGGGGCGGAUGGGCGGGAGGUCGUUCUCGUCGCGGUCGGCGGCGCCGUCGCAGAGCUACAGCACGCCGCGGAUGGGGGCGGGCUCCGGAUUCUCGUUUUCGGCGCCGUAUUACGCGCCGUCGCCGUUUGGUGGGGUUUAUGUGGGCCCCGCCGUCGGUGUCGGCUCCAGCUUUUCCCUUAUUAUGAUCGCGUUUGUUGCAUUCGUUUUGGUGUCUGGUUUCUUGUCUGAGGGUUCUCAGGGAAGUGUGCUCACUGCUACUGACAAAACUACUGUGCUCAAGCUGCAGGUCGGACUAUUGGGCUUAGGAAGAUCGCUCCAGAAGGAUCUGAACCGGAUUGCCGAAAUUGCAGAUACAUCCACUUCCGAAGGUCUACACUAUGUGUUGACAGAGACAGUACUAGCUUUGCUUCGGCAUCCUGAUUAUUGCAUCUCUGGCUAUUCAUCAGUUGAUGUAAAGAGAAGCAUGGAAGAAGGGGAAAAAAAAUUCAACCAAUUAUCUAUUGAAGAACGCGGCAAGUUUGACGAGGAGACACUUGUUAAUGUCAACAACAUUAAAAGGCAAAGCUCGACGGUCCUGAGAGCAGGUGGAUUUAGCAAUGAGUACAUAGUUAUCACAAUCUUGGUGGCUGCUGAAGGAGAUCACAAGCUGCCGUCUAUUAACAACAGCAAAGACUUGAAAGAAGCUCUGCAAAAGCUGGCAUCUAUACCAUCAAGUAGAACAAUGGCUGUCGAGGUCCUUUGGACCCCUCAAAAUGAAGACGACACUCUAUCAGAGCGAGAGCUACUGGAAGACUACCCAUUGUUGCGGCCUCUGUAAACUAUCCUUCAUCUUCUACCUCGAUAGAGAGAGUCUCGUAUGGAGCUCGAGCAAGGUGUAAAAGUUCAAAUGUGUAUAUAUUACUCGAAGCGGCUUCUUGUAGCAUUUGCGCCUCGAAUGUUUUGCUUUAGUUCUUAGAUAUCUCACACAAAUUCAUAAGAUUGUUGCAUAUCAUCGACUGUGUACUAUCUUCUUGCUAAAGUUGGAUUAAGUUAAAUCCAAAUGAGAUAAUUUUUUUA